GAAAGUGAAAGUCCUUCCUUCUUGUAAAUCACAUUUUAACUGGGGCACAUUUCCUAUUUAACGACUGAAUUCACAAUCAACAUUAGGACAGAUGCCGUGUUUUUCUUCAGCACAGAAGCAAACAACAUAUAAGCAGUGACACGAGCAAUCAUCCUGCUUUAGCUCCGUUCGUCAGAUUAAAAGAACACGAGGCCUUCUUCAUCGAGCAGGUUCAGCAGCUGGGAGGCACCAUCUGGGGCAGACGCAGUCUAGAGGAGAGAGGACAGGAGAGCAAAGGGAAACCUGAACAAUGUCUUCACAAGAUGUCCAAAAAGCUGUCUUGAGCAUCUCCAAAGCAGAAGGUGUGAGACAAGAAACCGCUCUUCUGAUGAAACCCUAUGCUAACUGGGAAGAGUUCCUGAUGCCAGGUCCACUCUCUAUUGCAAUUCUAGGAGAGUUGGUGUUCAUUUCAUCAAAAGAUGACUUCUCCAUUAACAAGAAUCCACCCAUAGGUGGGUUCAAAUAUAUCCGCAAUUCAGAUUCCUUCCGAGCUUGUCUUAUGCAGGUGACAAAUAACGGAUGGGUGGCUUUUAAUGAAGCUCACAAGAACAUGGACCAAAUCCGACUUCACUCCGGCAAUGUGCCCAGUUACAUGAAAAUGGCUGUGAAGACCCUCAUGCAAGGUAAUCCUGACAUAGUGGAAGCACUUCUACCUGGUCAGUUGAAAAACAUAGAUGACAGCGCCACUGAGUGCACUAGACUGGCAGAGACAACAGAAAAGAAAUUCAUGGAUGUCAUUCUGCUAAUUCAGGAGAUGUUAGAAGCCUGCAUGAAUGCAAAGAAGGUUUAUGAUGAAGAUUUGAAAACUAUCAAAAUGAAGUUAGAAGAAGCUAAAAUAAAGGAAGAGUCUGCAAAAUUAGCCAAAGAACUAUCAGAAAAGAACCUAGAGCGACUGUCCAAACAACUUGACGAGGCUCAAGACCAGUUUAAGAAAUCCAUGGACUCAAUGCCUUCAGGCUGGGAAAUCAUUGGGAUGAAUUUUGUGGAAGGCUUAACAGAGUCAGUGAGUAAUCUUGUUUCUGGAAUGGUUUCAAUUGUCACUGCACCGUGUUCAAUAGCCAGGGGUGUCAAAAUAUUUGUUCAAAAUUCCGGUAAAAACGAAGAGCCUUUAAAUCCCUUGGUUGUUAAUGAAAUUUAUGUCAUAUCAAUACAGCUACUUAAAUGGGCACAGCAACUGAAUGCUUUUGUGGAAAAUGAUCAAAUUAAAUGGAAGGAAAUAUAUGAUGAGAGAAAUGAAUCUCUAAGAUCCAAUUGGGUUAAAACACAAUUUGAAGAAAUAGAAAAAACAUUAAAAGGCAAAGAGAAGUGCAAACCCCAAGAGAAAGCAAUUGAGAUAUGUCAAGAUGGCAUCUCCAUUUGCCACGAAAUGGCCCGGUACAAACCCCCAAAAGGCUUUACUGAUGAAGAGACCAGUGAAAUAAUUAAUAAGAUUAGAAAUCUAAAAGACCAAGCAGAAAGGUUUGACACUGAGAGCAAGUCUUUCACUUCUUUUUCCUUUUGUGUAACUCCUCCAAAUAUUGCUCAGCAAACUACUGGAAAAAAGAAAAGUGUAGCUCAAACCGUUUCUGACAAUGCUCGCUUCAAAAUUGAGCAAAGCCAAGCCCACCUUAAACAAGUGCUGGACAUGCAGGAGAAGAAUAUGGAGAACCUAAAGAAGAACAACCAGGAGCUGGCUGACAUUUUUGUUACCAUGCACAGUUGUCACGUAAAUGAGAUCGAUUUUAAUACCGCAGUGAAGAUGCUGGUCAAGGGUCUUGAAGCUAUGGGGCGAGUGAAGGAGCAGUGGGAGAAAAUGGUUCGGUUUUUCCAGAUGAUCUCCAACUUGAUCAAAGCUUCCCUGAAUAAGCCUUUGAAGCUGUUUGUUGACACAGCUAAUGAUGUCCCAAAAAUCGAAGGCUAUUCCUCGGACUCUUUCGUUAAAGAUUUGAUCUACACCUAUGCUUUCCAGUCGUCCAACAUUGCCAGUCUGGUCCAUAUGAUUGCUGGAACUUACACCGAAGUUUCCAGUCUUUACCUUAUGGACCGUGUCAGCAGCCUUGGAAAGCUCAUGGCACUGGAUCCUGAAAAUCCUCAGUUUGAAUGUGAACGUGCAAAACUGAGAAGCGACUGCGAGUCUGCACAGGAGGGGAUACUAAAUCUUGUGCUGAAGAAUAAAAAUGAUUUUGAUUGCCUUUUAAAUGCACGAGUCAAGAAAAUUGAAAACGAGCUGCAGGCUGUGCUGCCACCAAUUUCAGGCGUGAAGCGCAAGAGGAUUGAGAGCAAUGUGCAGGCUGGGCUAAAGGAGCUCACCGAGGAAGAAGAAGAUCAGUUCACCUAGAGGAGACCACAGAAAGUUAUGGAUUGCAUUCUGCUUUGCUUCUGCUAAAUUCAGAAAAAGAACUCACUCCUCAGAAAACUCACUUUAGAAAAAUAUGCUUUUUCAGGGUUAAUCAUGAUAACCCUUAACAGGUUGGUGAAAGACAAUCUGUAUUGAAAUUUAUUAAAGACAUUUUUAAAAUAUAGCAAUAUAUGCUAAGUAAGUCCAAAAACAAUGAGACCAGAUUGCAUUUUAAAUGAAGAAUUUCCUUCUCUUUACUGUUUUCUUGUCCACUUUCUAUAAAAGUGUGUAAAAUCAAAAUGUGUUACAACCACAGUGGCUUUGCUGAAUUUGUUGACAAUAUGCUGGCAACUCUCUUGUGUUUCAUUAUUAAUUUAGUGUACAGCAAACAUUGACAUUGACAUCUGUGAAAAUAUAAAGAGCUUGACCUGGCAUUUAAGAACGUGGCAAUGAAGUUACUUUUAUAAAACCAGGAAGACUCCUGGAGCAGCAUCAUAAAGUCAUCCAUGCUGCCAUCCCACAGGACAAGUCCCUUUAACCUGAGAUACUGCUAGACGGGACUAAUAUUCAACCUAUCAGUUUAUCUCCAUAGUCCAAGGAUAUUUCUCUGAUGCCAAAUUAUAAGACAAAAUAUAUUUUUAAUAAUAAAUAAGAAGAAUUCACAUGGUGCUAAAACAUAUCCUAACUACAUCAGGGGCUUGAACCUGUAAGAAAUCUUUCCCUUUAAGAGUUUUGUUGCCUUCUUGCAAUCAAAUAGGGAGAUUUGGCAGAGUGGUGGCUCUGUGGCUAAGGCUCUGCACAGGUAAUCAGAUGGUUGCCGGUUUGAAUCCUGGAAAUGCCAAUUGGGACUCUGCUCUGUUGGACCCUUGAGCAAGGCCCUUAACCUGCAAUUGCUGAGCACUUUGAAUAGUGAGAAAAGCGCUAUAUAAAUGCAAAAAUUAUUAUAACACCACAUUGCUGUUCCAGGUGUUUUAUCGUAUGCUGGCAAUAUACAUCCAUGACCCUAAUUGAAACCCAGUUACUUAUUUUUCCUGCAGUUACUUUAGGCGCAGCUAGAAUAUUUUAAAUCUUAUAUUUUAUUGUGUGUGAUGGCCAUCGACUGCCAGAGAUCUACUGCUUUCUGCCUCAAACAUCAGAGUUUAAUUCCUGUGUUUGUGUGUUGCUUCUGUGUUCUUAAUACCAGUCACGGUACUCCAUUUUUUUUUCAUGUGUGGGGUAUGUUAACCAGAAAAAAUAAACUUUUUUUUUAAAUAAUUGAUUGUGUGAAGGUGUAUAAAUAUAUCUUGACAGCAGACUGACAUCUUCACUGGAUGCUGAUAAGUUUCAAGUCUCUAUAUACCCAGCAAUGGAUGAGGCAGGUCUCCUCUGAGCAGAAGUAUGUGGACAUUAC